AUGCAUAGGUUCUCGCUGUACAAGCAGAUCGAGCUGUUCCAGGGGACGCAGGCCUUCAUGCGGGAGAAGAUCGGGUGGGCGGCGGCGGACAAGCUGUUCGGCGAGGCAUACUACGUGGUGGCCAUGGGCGCCAACGACUUCAUCAACAACUACCUGCUCCCCGUCUACUCCGACUCGUGGACCUACAACGGCGAGACCUUCGUCAAGUACAUGGUCACCACCCUGGAGGCCCAGCUCCGGCUCCUGCACGGGCUGGGCGCGCGUCGGGUCACCUUCUUCGGGCUAGGGCCCAUGGGCUGCAUCCCGCUGCAACGGCUCCUGCAGAGGUCCUCCACGGCGUGCCAGGAGUCCACCAACAAGCUCGCCCUCAGCUUCAACAAGCAGGCCGGCGCGGUGAUCAAGCAGCUGGCGGCGUCGCUGCCCAACGCGACGUUCCAGUUCGGGGACGUCUACGACUACUUCCAGGACAUCAUCGACCGGCCCUACAUGCACGGCUUCAACAACUCCCACGCGCCCUGCUGCACUCUCGGGAAGGUGCGGCCGACGCUGACGUGCACCCCGCUCUCCACGCUUUGCAAGGACCGCAGCAAGUACGUGUUCUGGGACGAGUACCACCCCACCGACAGGGCCAACGAGCUCAUCGCCCUCGAGACGCUCAGGAGGCUCAACAUCACCGUCGUUGCCAACACCACCUCCAGCUAG